AUGAAUUACACUAGUAACAACAACAGUUUUCCUCCUGGUGGCGGAAUGGGUCGUCCUGGAGGGGGAAUGGGUCCUCCUGGUGGUGGAAUGGGUCCUCUGCCGGGCUUUGGUUUAGUCCUGGCUUCAUUUUACAUUCAUUGUUUAUCAAGUCGACUGUUUCGUCAAGAAUUUUUCAAUGUAAUACAUAUUAUUCGUAAUCGUCGUAUUGGUGUUGUAACGCAAAUAUUGGGUUUUGAAGCCACUCAAACACAAACACAAACUCAACUAAUUCGUUUACAAGGAGGAAAAUUCACAAAAGCAUAG